UUACAUAAUGGUAAAACUCCGAGACCUCAACGAUUAUAUCACGUGUUCUCUGUGUAAAGGAUACAUGGUUAACGCCACCGCAAUCUCCGAAUGCAUGCACACUUUUUGUAAAGGCUGUAUAGUGAAGGAAUUUAUAAAGAAUUCUUCAUGUCCCCAAUGUGGAAUUUCUGUUAAUCCUACUGAGCCUACUAAAACACUCAAGUCAGAUAACCAGCUUCAAGAUCUGAUAAACAAGGUUGUGCCAGGGUUCGCGGAAACAGAACGUGCUUCACGCAAACAGUUCUACGCUUCUAGGGGUGAACGUGAGGAAGCCGAUACAGUUGAACCGAUAGAAUCUACAUUCCUAACUCCCAAGAAACGAGCUCUGUACCGCCAAGCUGGUCUGCCUGUUUAUGUGAUGUUACAACAUGAACGGAACACAGCUGCCUCCACCAUGCGAAUCAAGAGAUAUCCCGGUCACAUGAUACGAUUUCCCUCUGAUCUCACUGUUCUACACUUGAAGGAGUUUAUCAGACAACGUCUCUCUCUUGGAUUUGACGUGCCGCAGUUUGACGAUGCAAAGUCACAGAAAGCUUGGGAGAGGACUCGAGUCCUAGCUAUACAAAACGCCCCUGAUGUGGAUAUACUGUAUGGAGAUUACCUGCUUGACGAGGAUGUUACACUUGGACUCUUAUCAAGGAUAAAACUUGGCCUUGUGAAGCAAGCAGUUCUAGCUCUGACAUAUCGUUUUCGUGGAACCCUGAAAAGCUCCGCCGAGAAAGAAGCACCCACUGAAGACGUUUCCCUUUCCCUGACUCUUACCCAACCUGCUCCUAGCAGUCACGUGACUUGUUUAACUAGGGGCCGAGGUAAGGGUAAAACAGCGGCCAGGUCUGUCAAGCGAACCCCGGGAGUUAUUGGAAAGGUCAGAACGGGUCCAGGAGCAUAUGCUGCACCAGCACCAAAAACAGGAGCUCCUCUUGCACCUCGUCAUGUGAUCAUCAACAAACCUGCUAGCGGGAGAAAACCUGUCGUUUUCACGAAGUCCCCAGUCGUCAAGAAGUCUAUCAUAAUCCAGAAUUCUUCUAAACCUCCGUUAACCAUCCCUCAUAGCACCAUUCCACAAGGGCUUGUGAAGCACCCUUCCAGGGUUAUUCUGCCUAUCAAACCGUAUAAUGGUGGACCGAAAAGAAACACUAUUGUUAUUCAGCAGCCUUCCAGUGCCCAGAAGAGAGGGCAGGAUGGUCGUCCUAAAGGAUCUGUUGUUAAAUUGCAGCGUGCUGUUAGGCCACGGUAGAACUUAAAGGAAGGCAUACGUGUGAUGAAUGAGUAAGAUUCGAUUUAUCAUACUUGAACAAUCUUAUCAGAAGAAAUGAAAGAAUAAACAGAAAGACCCACCCGCAAUUUAGUUCGAACUCUAUGUGAAAGACCGAAAGAGGCAAGAGCAGAGUCGAAUUCGGAAUUUCAUUUUAGCUGAUCAUCAAAUUGAGAUUUAUGAUUGAUUUAUGAUACCACAGACUGAUUUAAACUCUUUUAGUACCUAAACUCUUUUACAAAGACUACGUGCUAAACUCUUUUACAAAGACUACGUGCUAAAUUCCGACUUGGUGCAUUAGCCUUUGGUUUGUUUAGAAUGAGGAAUUUUGUUUGAUAAAGAAAGCUGUUCAAUAUAAAGAAGAAGAGAUUUCUCAGUUACAUGCUGCAUGGAUCUAGAUUCUUAUUUGACUGACUUUUAUUCUGAGGUAGUAGGUUUUGUGACAGGAAGUAGAAACCUACAUUAUAGGUUAGGUCAGCACUAUUUUCAGAUUCUUUUGCUCCUCGAGUUUACUUUUUAUAUGGACUUUAGAUUCUCGAGGUUGUGAAAUUUUGCAUGCAGUGCAACAUGUUUUUUAUGG